AAGAAACAAUCCGGCAAACAAAUGGUGCGUCAUUGGCUGCUUUGAUUCGUCCUCCAGCCUCCACCGCACCGACUCAGACUUUCCAAUAGCUCAGUGCGGGCGACACCGCUCCGCUGCUCCUCGACUUUUCGGAGCGUUUCUCCAAGCUGGAACACCCACCUGUCCUGUGGACUUAGUUGGCACCACUAACAACCCAACCCCAUCACAGCAAAUUAACAACAAACACCGCUGUGGUAGGCUACAGUGCUGUACCACAAUGUUCCUGCCCAGGGCCUGUGUGAUGGGCCAAAGUCAGACCUGGCUGUCCACCUUCCUCCUACUGUGCUGUGCCGCCUGGUGCCCAGCGUAUAGCCAGCAGCUGGGACAGCAGCAGCAGCAGCAGCAGUAUGAUGACGGUCUCCAGGGAGAGUCACCGUGGGUCGGCGGUGACGAAGAGUGGGGCUCCGGCGGUCUGCAGGACCUGCUGCUCUCCGGCUUCCCCGCCGACAGCCCCUUUGUCUCGGAGGACUCUCUGGGGGAGCAGGACGGCGGCCCAGUCAACUGCACGCAGCGCUUCUGGCUGCCCGCACCGCCGUCCUCCUCCUGCGGCCUUGGCUGGGGAGACCUCCUCGUGGGGGAGCAGGAGUUCGAGGAGGUGCGUCUGCUGGUACUGCAGAACCGGGCGUCGCUGCGGGCGGUGUCGCAGCAGAGCGGGCUGGAGGAGGCCGGAGCAGAGCCGUACGGGGAGCAGGCGCGGCGUGACGUCCAGGGGGUGCGCUCGGACCACCUGGAGCUCGUGCAGACUGCCGAGACCAUGGAGCAGGUCUUCUUCUCCCUGGAGGAGAAGAGGAGGGAGGCCAACCAGCCAUAUGUAUUCUCCAGCAUGAAGGAGCAGCUGAUGAGCUCCAAGGCGUCCCUACAGAGCCGCGAGCAGCUGGCCGGCUCCCUGGAGGAGAAGCUCUCCGCCCUGCAGCGCUCACUGGAGAGCAUGCAGCACCGCCUGGCCACACUAAUGGCACGGAGGUGGUAACCGAGCCUCGCCUGACAGGCCAAACCAUUCAUUUUGAAUUACUUAGUAAUUCAUGUGUGGUCUGAUGAUUACGCUUCUCUGGGGAGGGUUUAGUCAUCCACCAGACAGCCGGCCAAGAGGAGAAUGCACGACUUGCGUGCAUAAAAACAUACGUCAUGAAUGUCAACUGUCAGUGAUGGAUUCACUCCUUUCAAGAGCUGAGUCUGAGCUCACUCCCCCCCCCCCCCAAGUGCUCCAGAGCAUCAAGGAUCCAGACCAAACAUGAGUUACAAAGUAAUUCAUGUGGUCUGGUGAUACCCGUCUUGUGGUCAUGGUAACCACCCGUCAUCGCCUAGCCCAGUGGUUCCCAAACAUUGUUUGUUGUUGCUCCAUUUUAAUUUGAAUUUUAAUUCACAGGGAAAGUUAAUACAUUUCUUAACCUGAUGAGACACACCAUUAUAAAUUUGGUAUUUGGGGAUUUGGUCAUCUUAAUUUUAAGGUUUCUUCUUCAAUCUAUCGAUAUGUAUCAACAUGCAAUAAUAGUAUGUAUAUGUGCUUACACUGUACACACCUCACGUCAACCCUGAGGUGGGUACAGUGCAGCUGGGUCAAAGACGUCCAAAAAGGAAUUGUCAUUCAGUGUAACGAAUACCUUCUGCUGACUGUAACUGUAAAAAUACAUGAUUUUUAAAUUGUUUCAAGUGAAUGGAUGACAGUCGAGGCAUUCAUGAAUUCACUGGAAAAAAAUAAAAUAAAAAGAGUUUUUUUUACAGUUACAGUCAGCAGAAGGUGUCUGUUACACUGAAUGACAAUUUCUUUUUGGACGUCUUUGACCCAGCAACCAUGG